CAAUCACUUUGAAAAUCCUCGCGUAAGUCAAACGUUUACGAGAUGCAAAUUUUCAAGCGUUUUAACGACGCUGUUUGUAAACAAGUGCAGACGAUAAGUAUACAUGUAAAUGAGAUGCUGCGUUUACGAGACUACCACGGGAGGUUCCAGGGGGUGCAGUCAAGAAAUUCCAAUCGAGGCACACAUUUUCAAAACCAAAUAACGGUAACUUUUAAUGGCUAUAAUUAUUUUCAAACAUUGCCGUCUGAACCUGCUGAUGAGGAAGAUGUAACGUUAUGCGUGGAAACCGAGACGGAGUGGAAAGAAGAGCGGCGCAUUGUGGAGCUGGGGUAUCUCGCAAAACAACUGUUUUGUCACUUAUGCAAAACCCCACUUCAUUUAAUAGACACUGUGCGUGAAAGAAGAUAUGGCCUAGGCUCCGUACUUCACGUAAAGUGCACCAACUGCAGCGCCGUAUGCCCCGUCGAGACAGGGAAUAGAGUACCUACUGGAGCCUUCGACAUAAACACCAAAGCUGCUCUCGGAAUGAUUCAUGUAGGCAUGGACCCAACACAUCUUGUGAAUUUUCUGGGGCAAUGCAACAUUCCUCCACCCUCAGAACCAUCCAUAAGAAAGCAUGCAGCAAAAGUAGGAAAGGCUAUCACAGAUGUGGCUUUGGAAUCAAGCAGAGCAGCUCAGAUUGAGGAAAAGCAAACAUCAGAUAGUUGCCAUUAUCCAUUAAGGAUACAACUAAAACGCUAUCCCAUCUAG